CGGAUCCGGAAGUGAGUGGAUGGAAACCAACUCCAGCCCCACCGCUACGGCGCAUGAUUCCAACUCACGCCGCGACGUGCUGACGUCCGCAAGCAGCAUCUUUAAGUGAGCUCUGCGCAUGCGUGGCUCCCUCUUUUCCGGUGGUGAACAUGGCGGGGACAGAGUGAGUAUAUCAUGGCCUCCUUGUAAUCCGUACCCAUCCUGUUUCAAUAUCCCUUCGUCGCGAUGCUGCCCUGCUCCCCCCGUGUUAUUAAAGGCUGGGGGACGAGGGAUGGCCGUUAUUUUCGUGUUUGUCCUCAAAGCGACCCAGAAAUAAAUGGGUUUUUACCCAGGCUUCACCCGGCUCGGUCUGCGGCCUUGUAAUAACUGUGUCACCAAUUAUGGAGCUGAGCUCGCUGCUAUAACCCCUUAAGGACACGUGACAUGUCAUGAUUCCCUUUUAUUCCAGAAGUUUGGUCCUUAAGGGGUUAAAGUCUGUUAAAUCCAUACGUUUAAAGGGGCAAUGAAUUCAUUGCAUUGAUUCCAAAGGCAUGUUUACAUUGCCCGUGAUAGGUAAUCUACUGCUAGGCUCAUCUGUUAUCUUGCCUAUUCUGGGUAGACCACUUUGUGGAUUUCUAAUGCUCUGUUAGUGCCUGUGACUCUAUGUAGAGGCUGGGAUGGGUACUGUAAUGGGUUCUUUUAAGUAACAAUGCUCUUUUUUACAUGAGAUCUAGUGGACUUGAAAGACUAGAGUGAGUGACUACCUGGUUGAAGCUAAAAGUUUGAGAGUUUUGUGACGAGAAGCAUGUGGGUUUAGCUUAGAUCAGGCCAGGCUAGAUUCUAGGCUGCAUGUCAGGGGGUUGAUUAACUUUAAUGACAUUGCAGUAAAGUUGGUGUUUUUGUCAUGCGUACCCAUUGUUCAGCGCUAAGAAACUCUGCUGGCGCUACAUAAAUAAAAAAGUAAUAAUAAUGAGUGGUAUCAAGUACACGUGUAUAUAGAAAACAUUCAUAUCUGUCAUAUUGUGAUUUAUUGGGAAAUUAUUUUUUGCAGAGGAAAGAAGUUGCCCUCCGUUCCAGAAAGCCUUGUAAAAAGGCGGAAGCUUUUUGCUACUCAGAAAGCCAAAAGGAUCAAGAAGAUCAUUUCUGAAAAAAAGGUAAGGAUAUAAAUUACACUGGUGUUUAAUCAGUUGGGUAAAUAACCUACUUGUCUACUUAGAAAUCUUGUAAUCUUUGAUAAAUAUUUUUGAAAAGGUGACUUCUCUAAUGUGUAGACUAACAUUUUCUGAAGCAAAGGUUUGAUGCCCAUUCACAAGGAUCAAUAAAAUGUUGAUAAACCUGUCUUACAUUCCUGAUCUAUACAAUUUUGCAAGAAGUGUAACUUAACAUUUUAGGAAUAGGUAUAUUGCAAAGUUUCUUUUGCAAUUUGCUUGAAUGCCAUACAAAAAGUAUUGACUUAUUUUGUAUAACUAAAAGAAACACCAAAAUAAAACCUGUGUAUUUGACCCUGAGACCUACCACUGGAGUUGGCUGUUGCUUGUUGAUAGCUGCUAUCAUGGUAUCUUUUUGUGUAGUACACAGAGAGGUGCAAAAUCCUGGUACAAGUAUGUUUGCUGAAAAUCCAUGACAGAAAUGGAAUAAUACUCCCUGUAAAAUAAGGCUGACAAAGAAUUGUUUACAUAGCAGUUUCUUAAUAACAUUUUGAAUGUUUAAAUUCUGGUAUGUCUGUGUCAUAAAAGUGCCGGUUAUAAACAUGGCCCUAACUUCUUUAUCAUUCAGGUCCGCAAAGAAAAAAGAAAGAUCAUAUACAAGAGAGCUGAAGGAUACUACAAGGAAUACAGGCAAAUGGUCAGACGUGAAAUCCGUCUGUCAAGAAUGGCCCGCAAAGCUGGAAACUACUAUGUACCUGCUGAACCUAAAUUGGCCUUUGUGGUCAGAAUUCGAGGGUAAGCUGCUCUAAAUAAAAAUAAUUUUGUUCUAUCUGUGGUUUUCAUUUGACAAUCCAGUCUGCUGGCUGUCCACUCUGUUUUAUUUUAUCCUUAGGAACACCCUUCUGCUAUUUAGACAGCUUGGGAGGGUUUCACGCUCUCUUGCUUUUGAACGUGCGUUUAACAUUGUAGUAAACACUUAUCAUAGAGAAUCAUUUCAUUAAAUUGUGGCAAGAAGAAUGUCUAGAUGCUUGGGGGUGAAAAGGGUUUAACUUAAGUGUAUAAUCAAUGGUCCUAAAAAUCUAAACCAAGACAAAUACUACAACAUUGUUAAUAAAGUUUAAAAUUGAUGUGUUUUUUUUAACUUCAAGACUUUUUUUUUUUUAAAGUCAGACUAAAAGUAAAAUUGCACAGCAAGUUGUUGCUUUUUUCUGUAUCCAGACCUAAUAGACCUAAGACUAGUUAGUAAAGUUUCUUUUGUUGCACAUGGCACUUCAGAAGAGCUUGUUUUCUCCACAUUUCUUCUAAACUUAUUUAAGUGUUUUUUUGUGUUGGCAUGACAAGAUUUUGACAGUGGUUUUCUCUUUUCACAGUAUUAACGGUGUUAGCCCAAAGGUUCGUAAGGUGUUGCAACUUCUCCGUCUUCGUCAGAUCUUUAAUGGCACAUUUGUGAAACUGAACAAGGCAUCCAUUAACAUGCUCAGGCUGGUGGAACCAUACAUUGCUUGGGGGUAAGGAUAGUUGUCUAUUAGAGAAGGGAGCAAAUUUGUGUUUUGUACAUUGUAGUGCUACGACAUUGAAACAAAUAUUUUGUUUUGACAUAAUUUCGAUGUCAAAAUAUUAAUUAAUGUACAGUUUUACUGAAUGACUGCAAUUCUGGAGUCCAGAAGGAAUUUUUUUCCUAGUUUGCAAAAUUGGAAGUGCUUCAAACUGUUUUUUUUGUCUUCUUUUGGAUCAACAGCUAAAAACAAAUGUUAGGAAGGCUGAACUUAAUGGACGCAAGUCUCUUUUCAGCCUACGUAACUAUUUAACUAAGUUUAUGAAGGAUUUCUGAACAGUCAUUGAGAAUAGAGCUGACAGUCCAUUACUUGUGUAAUGCUUGCAAUCAAUCUUAGACUAUGCAGACUUUCUUUAAACAAUAUUCAUAAAGCUCUCUUCCUGUUCAAUAAAUUAUGCUAUCAUAAAAAUAAUUGAUACUUUGUAGAAAAUAAGCUAGCUUCAUGACAGGAAAACCAUUUUAAUUUUCCAGUUCAAUCUCCAUUGCACUUCUGCAAUAAGACCUCACAAAUUGCUUUUAGUAGAUGCACAUGGCAUCUCACAAGGAUUAGCAUUAGCUACCGAGAGUUUAGGAUGUCAUUUGAAGGAGAGGAAACAUGGCGUCCCACAAUUCUUAGCAUGCAGAUGACAUGGUCAAUGUGACGUUUACUUAGAGUUGGGGUUGCUGCUAGCACAGCUGUUGGAGCAACCUUAGACAACGUAAAGUUCAUAAAAGUGUAUAGAAUAAAUGUUAUACUCGUUAAAGUAACUGUCAUGUUAGGAGUCACCUGUGCACUUUAAACACUCUAAGCACCAUAACUAAAGCCAGCCCUUGCUUCAUUCGUUUGUAAUAGGUUAAACCAUUCUAAAAAAGCCCAUGUUACAUCUGGAUUCUCCUGUAGGAGAAGCUGUAUGUCUUCACUGAACUAACCCUAGCUAUUUCAAGAUUAUUGGCUGGGACCACUCAGUUGAUUCUGUCAGCCAGUGAGAGUGGCCCUGCAUCGUUAAAUAGAGCGAACUACAUUUUCUUGCAGAGGGAGCUAGCGUGCCAGGAAUACAACUUUAUAGCUCUAUAGUAUCCCUUUAAUUUCUCUAAUAUAAAAGAUAGGUAAUCUUUGGUUUACUGUGACAUCAUUUUCCCAGUGUGCUGUUAUGAGAGCAUACAUCUUUAACUCUGCUUUAUUCUGCUGUAUUUAGUCUACACAAAUUGUUUAAUUUGCAGAUAUCCCAAUCUGAAGUCUGUGAGAUCGCUAAUCUACAAGCGUGGAUACCUGAAGAUCCGCAAGCAGCGUAUCCCUCUGACAGACAACUCUCUCAUUGAGAGAAAUUUGGGUAAGUGCUUCUUCUGAUAUUUCUUUUGGCUAAUUUCUGUGUUCAGAAUUAUUUAAACAUGUUUGCUUUACAGAUAAACUAAAAUGAGGAAAGCAUGGCAGUGUCUGUAGGAGAAAAUCACUUCUAAAAGAAAAUACAAUUUGACAAUAUCAGUCCUGGGUCCAGUUGUAUAAACCAUAUAAGAAAUACCACUUGAUACUUUAAUACAAAAUGAAUCUCACCCUAUGCAUAUCCAUUGGAACAGGUUCACUUCUUUAUUUUAAAGAAAAUAAAUUUUUACUGGAAUUAUUACAGUAUGUAAUUAAAAGGCACAGACCUUUGUUUAAAAAAUAAUCUUCAAAUAUCUUUUCCUUACAUGCUGCAAGGAUUAUUCUAAGAAAUGUUCUAAUCAUUUUCCUUUUAAUUAUUGCUUUGCUGCAGAUAGGUACAUUUUGUCUGCCCCUCUAAAAAAAUAAAAUAAUAAUAAUAAAAAAAUCCAUUAGUAAGGAAUUAAAUUGCGUUAUGUUCUUCAAUUAGACAGAUUGGGGUUACAAGUAAGCAGUUACACAGGGUAAAAAAGCCUUGUGUGUAUUCAGGAAAGUCACUGCCACAUUGCUGCUUAUAUUUCUGCCUGGAACAUAGAUGUUUGACUGUGACUUGUAAAAAUAAAUAAAAAUUAGACACUGUGUUGUAUGAUAUACCCAUGCAAAUGUAGUCACCAUCUCCAUGAAAGACAGAAGGUGUGAUAGUAGGUUAGCAUCUUGUACAACAUAGCUCUUGUGCAUGUUGUAGGAAUUGUUAUUUGAGAGACUAGUGCUGGGGAGGAUAGAGAUUCUUUUAAAGAUUCUGGCAAGUUUCUUUCUUUAAAUGUGUGCACCUUUUGGGAAAACUAAAUGGAAAUGGGAUAUCAGAUUGUGUGAUAGUUAUCAGAAUUCAAGCCAUUGUCUCAUUUCAAUUUGGACGUGUGACCAGGAGAUUUAGCUUGUUGGCAAUUAUAUUUUCUUCCUUCUGUUUCUGGCCAGGGUAAGACCGGUAAUAUUCCGUGUCUGGAGCUUUCAUUCCUUACAUUGGGUACCUGGAUGCUUAUUUUGGUGUGAUUCAGAUUUUUAGAUUCAAUCAUGCCUUUCAUUCAGAUAUUUUCUCAAACAUUAAUUUGCCUUAUAGUAUGUUUUUACCGUGUAUUGGAUAGUCUUGUACAUGGGCUCAGGUUUUCAGGUACUAGACUGGCUAAAAGUUAUUUUCCACUGCAAACAUUUGGAUUUCUGCUCACAGAACUUUCACUUGCCAAUGGCUAGUGAGUGGCUAGAUGUUUUGAUCCCUGUUAUAACUAUUGUUGUGAAGAUUGAUUCUAAGGAAACAAUCCAAUGUGAAUUACAUUUUCUAUGCAGUUUAAAGUUACAUUUUAUGCACAUAAGUGAGAUGGAAAAUAAAUUCUACUUCGUAUGACUAUAUAUUGGCUCAUAUUCCAUAGUGCUAUUUUUAGUGGGGUUAACUGCAUGCAUAUCCCAUAAACCACUGUUCAGUGAUUUCUAGUAUAUGUAGCUCAGCAUUUUUAAGCCAUUUAAAGGAGCCCUAUAGUGCCAGGAAAACAAACGUCUUUUCCUGGCACUAUAAAGUCAUUAGGUCCCACCCUCAGGGUCUCCCUUCAGCCACUUACCUUUCUCCAGCGCCAGGCUCCCUCUGUGCUGGGGAACUCUCCACCCCCUACCGACAUCAGAUGCGAAUGCGCAUGCAUGACAAGAGCCGCGUGCGUUCAAACAUCCCAUAUGAAAGCAUUACUCAAUGCUUUCCUAUGGACAUCCAGCGUUUUCUCACUGAUUUUCACAGUGAGAGUCGCGGAAGUGCUCCUAGUGGAUGUCAGUGAGACAGCCACUGGAGGCUGGAUUAACCCUCAGUUUCUUUGAGGGACCUGGCACCCAUACCACUUAAUUGAGCUGAAGUGGUCUGGGUGCCUAUGGUGGCCCUUUAAUUUGUGAAGAGGCUCCUAUUCCCAUUUUUUUUUUUUUCUGUCAAGCUAAUAACUGUAUGUGUAAACUUCUUUUUUUUUUAAAGUUUUUUUUGUUUUUUUUAUAUUUGAGGAGGUUGGGUGGCUAUUCUGAUUAGUGCAAACUCCUAUGUUGCAAAACCAUAUGGUAAUCUUUGUUGUUUGUUUAUUCUUCUCUUUUGAAUUUGUGGAGAAAAUACAACUGGACAGUUAUAUAAUAUUUUGUUUCAUUCUCUAGGCAAGACUGGCAUCAUUUGUGUCGAAGAUCUCAUUCAUGAAAUUUACACCGUUGGCAAAAACUUCAAGAAGGCAAACAACUUCCUUUGGCCAUUCAAACUUUCUUCUCCCAAAGGUGGAAUGAAGAAGAAAACUACACACUUUGUGGAAGGUGGUGAUGCUGGUAACAGGGAAGAUCAGAUCAACAGACUAAUUAGGAGAAUGAACUAAAGGUAAUAUUUUUACCCCAAUAAAAAAAAAUAAACAAAUUUGAUCUAAACCCUAGUUUUAGAUGUAGUAGCCUCUGCGUUACCUUAUGGUUAGCAUAUUCAGCUGCUGCAAGUUCAUGUUUAUAUAUUUGCAUAACACUUGAGGCACAAUAACCACUACCGCCUGGUGGGAUGCAGGUAAGUUGUCAAAAUGUACUAAAAUGUUUUGACUAUCUACUGUGGGAUGGCACUGGGAUACUCCUAGCACUAUAACCACUACAUCAAAGAAGUAAUGUGCCUUUUGAAAUAGCCUGCUCUGUGUUCGUGCUUAAAUUGGAAGAGUAUAUAUUUAAAUACAGUGGUGUGUUUGCAUAUCUGGCAAAGUGUUAAAUGUGCCCAGCUGCUCUUAAAGGACCACUAUAGUGCCAGGAAAACACUAGUUUUCCUGGCAUUAUAGUGCCCUGAGGGUGCCCCCACCCUCAGGGUCCCCCUCCCGCCCGGCUCUGGAAAGGGGAAAAGGGGUUAAACUUACCUUUUUCCAGCGCUGGGCGGAGAGCUCUCCUCCUCUUCUCCUCCCCGUCGGCUGAAUGCGCACGCACGGCAAGAGCUGCGUGCGCAUUCAGCCGGUCACACAGGAAAGCAUUCAUAAUGCUUUCCUAUGGACGCUGGCGUGCUCUCACUGAAAAUCACAGUGAGAAGCACGCAAGCGCCUCUAGUGGCUGUCAAUGAGACAGCCACUAGAGGAAUUGGAGGAAGGAUUAACCCAUUUACAAACAUAGCAGUUUCUCUGAAACUGCUAUGUUUAUUAAAAAAAAAAAAAAUGGGUUAACCCUAGCUGGACCUGGCACCCAGACCACUUCAUUAAGCUGAAGUGGUGUGGGUGCCUAGAGUGGUCCUUUAACAGUGGAAGAAGAAAUUGUAGUACUGAAUACUGCACAUUUAUUGUAUAUUUACAGAACAGUUAAAAAUAAAUGGCAAUGGAGGGUUCUUUUAACCCCUUAAGGACCAAACAUCUGGAAUAAAAGGGAAUCAAGACAUGUCACACAUGUCAUGUGUCCUUAAGGGGUUCAACUGUAAGUCCCAAGAAGUGUUUGUUCCUUGAUCUCUUUAGUUUCAGGGCCACUUUUUAAAAUUUUUGGGGAAAUGGCAUAAAAUGUUUAUCGGCAGCACAGUUUUCUAAGACAAAUGGGUAAUGACAAUAAAUAAUGGAAUACCACACCAGGGAGAUUUUUCCCUACUUCUGUGGCUUUCCUGAGAUAAUGCUAUUGGCAGAAAUGCUGUACUUACUCCCCCCCACAGGUUUUUAAAUGGGGAGUAGUCCAUUAAGUGACUUGCUUGUAAAUGCACAUGGAAAGUUAGAGUUGGCAUUAGUAUGUGAUGUUAUGCCUCUGCAUUGGUGAACAAGCCAGAUAUACCUGAGACAAUUUUGCUGGCCAGGGAUGAUAUGAAUUGAAUUUUCUCAGUUUUUGUUCAGUACGUCAGUAUUUUGCCUUUUUUGUAAAAUAAAAUUCAAACGUUGUUUUCUGUAGCUUAUAUUGAACACCUUGUUUACGCAGAUUUGUUUUAUGUUUUUUUUAUUGCGAUCUGCUUUCAAAAUGGAAAGAUGAACGUUAUUUCCUGUGAUUGUCUUUGAUUCAAACUGUUUUGAAAUUGGUUGUUUGUGUAAUAUGGUGGGGAAUUUGAAAACCACCGCCAACUCUACUGUAAAACCGCUAAAUUGUUUGAUACAGAUUAGAGAACUCACUUUGACAAUGCCAGUUUCCAGAGUACCUCCCAAAAAUUUUAUUGAAGUAUUUAUACUUUUUUCCAGUUUACAGUUGCAAAAUACUUUGCUAAGCAGAUGGCUAAUUGUUUUUCUUUUUUUUUUUCAGGUUUUUUUCAAGACACCUUCUUCCCUGCAGUCUGUUAAUAAAUCAAAUUCUAAAACUUUAAUCUUG